UUGCAGGCCCGCAUUCUGGCACCCCCCCACCCCACGCACGUGUCAGGGGAGGCUGUUCUGCGGCAAAACGGGCCCAGAGGAAAUGAACAAGUUUGGUGAAGUUGCAACAGGAACUUGGGUGCGCACGUCGUCGUCGCAGCCGAAACUGGGGUGAAAAGCAAGCGGAAAGCGGCAGCCGAGCGGUGGAGGAAGGGCGGCUCCCUAGAUAAGAUGUGGAAGGCUGCGGCAGGCCACAGCGUGUCGGUGAAGGCGGAGGCCCAGGGGGACGACUGGGACACGGACCCCGAUUUCGUGAAUGACAUCUCAGAGAAAGAGCAGCGCUGGGGGGCGAAAACCAUCGAAGGCUCCGGCCGCAAGGAGCACAUCGACAUCCACCAGCUCAGGAGCAAAGUCUCCGAGGAGCAUGAGGUCCUGAAGAAGAAGGAACAGGAGCAGGCGCCCAGAGCGUCCUACGGCUAUGGGGGCAAGUUCGGCACGGAGAAGGACCGCAUGGACAAGAGUGCUCUGGGCCACGAGUACGUGGCGGAGGUGGGCAGACACUCCUCGCAGACGGACGCGGCCAAGGGCUUCGGAGGGAAGUACGGCGUGCAGAAGGACCGCGCAGACAAGUCGGCCCUGGGUUUCGAGUACAAGGGCGAGGUGGAACAGCACGCCUCGCAGAAAGACUACGCCUUCGGCUUCGGCGGAAAGUUCGGCGUGCAGAAGGACCGCCAGGACCGGUCCGCCCUGGGCUGGGCGCACAAGGAGGAAGUGAAGCCCCAUGAGUCCCAGACAGACCACGCCGUGGGCUUCGGCGGGAAGUUUGGCGUGCAGAAGGACCGCCAGGACAAGUCCGCCCUGGGCUGGGCGCACAAGGAGGAAGUGAAGCCCCAUGAGUCCCAGACAGACCACGCCGUGGGCUUCGGCGGGAAGUUUGGCGUGCAGAAGGACCGCCAGGACAAGUCCGCCCUGGGCUGGGCACACAAGGAGGAAGUGAAGCCCCAUGAGUCCCAGACAGAUUACGCCAAGGGCUUUGGCGGCCGCUUCGGGGUGCAGAAGGACAGGGUGGACAAGAGCGCGGCUGGUUUCGGCGAGAUGGAAGCGCCAACCAGCUCAUACGAGAAGACGGAGCCCGUGGAGGCCGCCUCCGGGGGGGCGGGCAACCUGAGGCAGCGGUUCGAGGACAUGGCCAAGGCAGCCGAGGGAGAGAACCAGAGGCGGGCCGAGGAGGAGCGCGCUCGGCGCCUGGCCCGGGAGCAGCGGGAGCGCCAGGAGCAGCAGCGGCAGGAAACCCGGAGGAGUGAAGAGCAACGCAGCCAGGACCUGUCCCCACGGCCCUUGCCCCCGGAGCCGGCGGAGGUGUGUCCGGAAGCCAGCGUGGCUCCCGUGGCGGCGCAGGCUGCAGCUGAGGAGGAGGAGGAGGAGGAGCGGCCCCCAGCGCUGCCCCCACGGAGCAUAGACCUGGACGGCGGCGUCCACGAGCCCCCGAGACCCCCUGCCGCAACCCAGCCCGUCGGUGCCGAUAGCGAGGACUACGAGGACGUGGGGGGGCUCCCCGACUACGAGGAGCCGCCACUGUCCCCUGGCGGGGACUACGAGGAGAUGCCGAGCUUUGGCUGCGGGGACGGCGACCACGCGAGCGUCCCGGACAGCGCCAGCCAGGACUACGAGGAGAUCCCUGCCCAGAACUUGGGCAGCAGCGGGGCGGCGGCGUCCGCAGCAGGCGCUGAAGGGCUGGCGCACGAGGUCGGCGAGGGGGGCCUGUCGGCGGUGGCCCUCUAUGACUACCAGGGAGAGGGCGACGACGAGAUCUCCUUCUUCCCCGGGGACACCAUCUCCAGCAUCGAGCUGGUGGACGAGGGCUGGUGGCGUGGAAGCUGCCACGGCCGGUUCGGCCUCUUCCCCGCCAACUACGUGGAGCUCCUGCCGUGAGCUCCCCCGCCGCCCGCCGGGCCCCCCCGUGCCGCCCCCCCCCAUGGCCGCCCCCCAUCUGCCACGUGCCACAGCGACUUCCACGGCUGCCCACGGCCGGGCCCUGGAGAAGACCCGGCCCCUCUCGCCCUGCUUCGCCACUGGGGAGACGACGUCCUUCCUUCGGGGGGGGCCUCGGGGCCCCCGCGUCCUCUGCCGGACCGUCCCCACGGCAUGUGCUCGUAGGGUGAGAAAUGGAGGGGGAUUCCUACACCGUGAGCCUGAAAGGCUGAUUGGAGAAGACGUUGCGCCCAAUAAACGCCACUGCAACCCCA